AAGACUGCGGUGUGACAGGACCUGUGGACUGCAGGUGGACAGUUGGCAUGGGGUCAGAACUGAGCUGGAGAAAUCCAAGUGCGAGGCAGGCACCUGUGUUUGCCUCUCUCUUGGGAGCCCACCUCACACCUUCCAGAACUAUUUUAAAGUAUGCUCCUCUUUUGGUGGGGGCUGGAACUUCCUUCCAUUUACCAAAAUACAUAGCAACCACGAAAUAGCAUCUCCUCAGGCCUGGUGUUCCUUGGGAGCUCAGUCAUGCAGACACACACCUGAGAUGACUGAGGAUUGCUGGGUGUUGGGGGUGGGGGAGCUGUCACCUCAAGAGCUCUUUGAGAUUAUAAAAUGGUGGAGAGAAAGCUCCGUGGGGUGGCGUGAAGAUGCCUGCCCUGUGCUUUGCUGGGCUGGAUUCCAGGCUCAGUCCUAGAGUUGUGCAAUUCCGUGCUGGAGCAUGAGAGGAGACUGGGGAAUCAGGAAGACCGAUCCUGUCCUUUACUUACAAUUAAGUGAACUGGACAUGAUUUCCGCGAGGGUGAUGGACAUGAAACUGCGGGAGGCUGCCGAAGGCCUUGGCGAGGAUGGCGCAGGAAAGAAAAAAUCCAAAUUCAAGACGUUUAAGAAGUUGUUUGGGAAGAAGAAGAGAAAGGAAUCACCCUCGUCCACAGGAAACAGCUCUUGGAAGCAAAAUCCAGCCAAGAGCGAGGUCAUUCCCACCGAGCCGGGGCCGGUGGGCUACGACUCUGAAGAUGAGCUGGGGGAGUCCCGGGGCACUCUGGGCAACCGUGCCCUCUCCCACGACAGUAUUUUCUUUCCUGAAUCGGGACAGGACCCUGCUCGGCCUGUGCGGGUGUUUUCUCAAGAAAACGUGUGUGACCGGAUCAAGGCCUUGCAGCUAAAGAUACAAUGUAAUGUGAAAUUGGGCCCACCGCCUCCAGGAGGCCUUCCCAUCAAGCGGGCAGAGGAAACGGCCAUGAGCUCUGAGGAUGACGGGCUGCCCCGGAGCCCCCCAGAGAUGUCCCUGCUGCACGAUGUGGGUCCAGGCACGACCAUAAAGAUCCUGGUGUCCUCAUCCCGGCCGCCGUCUCCCGACCCCAUGAGUGAUGCCACCGUCUCCUCUCGGACCUUGGCUGGCUGCCUGGCACCCGUGGUUGACUUCAGCCACCCUCCAGAGUUCUCCUCCUGCCUGGACAACUCCGCAGCUAAACACAAGCUCCUGGUGAAGCCCCGCAACCAGCGAUCAAGUAAAAUGAGGCGACUGUCUUCGAGGGCACAAUCUGAGUGCCUGAGUGAUCUCUCAUGGACCCUGGAGGAGGAAGACUAUGAAUAUAAACCGUUACUCCAAGUCAGCACAGAGGAGGACCCCGGUGCUGGGCAGCGGGAUCUGAUGCUGGGCAGAAGGCCUGAGCUUGGAGGACCUGUAUCCUUGCUGCUGCCUGGCGGGGCGUGUGCCAGGCGUGCUCGCCUACAGCACAGUGCAGCCGUCAGUGCCAGCAUGGAGGAGGGAGGCUCUCUUAGAGAUGUACUCUCAAGUCGCCCAGCUACGCCAGACGUCACUGAGCCCAUGGCAAUCUCCGUCCCGUGCUUGGAGUCCCCAUCUCUGCCAGAAAGUUCUGCAUCCGGUAUUCCUCACAGUGAAGUCCAGAAGGAAGGGCUGUCCCCCGGAGGCCUGUGUGCCCUGGUGGAGAGCACAUCCGAGGAGGUUGUUUGUGGUUCUGCGGAUGCGGAAACCCCACUUUCUACUGAUGUCCCAGAGCAGGACAUGGCGCCUUCCAAGGAAGACUCCGCCCCUCCUGAGGGAGAAGCAGCAACAGCAGCUGCAGCAGCAGCAGCAGCAGCAUCUCCUGCGGGAGACACACCACUUCCUGGAGAGGAGACUGCCCCUCCCGACGGAGAUGCAGCACCUCCCAAGGGUGUCAUGGCACCCCCUGAGAGAGACAUGUCACCUCCCAAGGACGACAUGGCGCCUCCAGAGAAAGACAUGGCGCCUCCCAAGAGGAUCAUGGUACCCCCGGAGAGAGAGAUACCACCUUCUGAGGGAGGCGUGGCACCUCCCAAGAGGAUCAUGGCUCCUCCUGAGAGAGAAAUGUCACCUCCCAAGGACGACGUGGCACCCCCAGAGAAAGGCGUGGAACCUCCCAAGAGGACCAUGGCCACCCCUGAGAGAGACAUUUCACCUCCCAAGGACGACAUGGCCCCACCCGAUGAGAUCAUGGAGCCUCCUAACAGGGACACAUCAUUUCCAAAGGGAGACGCACCACCCCCUGAGACUGCCACUGACACCAGCCUGGAGACACCUGCAGAGCCAGAGAGACAGGCGCGAAGUGCCCAGGAAGAGGAGGAGCUGACCCUGGUGGUACCCAGGCCCGAGGGAGCAGGGACGGACUCUUCCACGGUCCCUGCCCCGAGCCCUCCGGUCCCCAAGAGCUGCCUGAAGCACAAGGCCUCGGUCCCCACUAGCCCCGUAGGCCAGGACAGAGCAGUUGCGCCCCCGGCCCGCCCCAGGCCUGCACAGGCUGCGACCUCAGGAGGUCCAGAGAGGGCAGCCCCGGGGAGGAAGAGCGAGCGGAGUGCCGAGCCCCCACAGCGCGGCGUGAAGAGGUUCUCGGUGACCUCGAGCCGGGCGCGCGCCCGUGCCAGCAGCUCUCGCCUUCUCGAACAUUCUGGCCAUGCACCCGCAGGGGGCCGCGCGCCCUUGCUACGGAGUGGCUUUGCCUGGAGGAGUGAGGCGGCCCUUGAUGACCUCCAGGUGCUGCCAGAGCCUCAGGGCAGGAAGGCAACGGGUGGUGACCCUCAAGACUCAGGGGACAGGGGGGCCGGCCGGGCAGGACCGGGCAAGAGCCUCCAGGAUCUAGAGCCAUGUUCCUCCUCCGAGCAAGAAGCGGCCCCCGGGGAGGACCAGAGCCCCUUCCCGGUCAAGCUACGAUCCACCUCACUCUCGCUCAAAUACAGAGACAGCCCUGCCCAGGAGGCCAAAGCCAUCAAGAGGUACAGCGCCGAAGUCAGGUUGGAGAGAGGAGGCCUGACUUUGCUCCCCAAGGAUGAGCAGAGCCACGUCGGGGCCGUCCCUGCACUGCGAGGUUCCAAGUCCCCCAACGGGCAGGGGAAAGGGAAGACCAGGUCCCCUGAGCAGCCUGGUACCAAGCCACCCCUGCCCAGGAAGCCGCUUCUGCCGAGCCUCACCCUGCCAUACCCACCCACAGGCCUGGAUGCCAGCCCUCAGGAGUCCGAGAGACUCAUACAAGUCAUCCUGCCUCCUGAGCCCCGGAAGGAGAAGUCCCCCCACCAGGGAGCCGAAAAGGGGCAGCCUCUUGCUGUGACAGGUCCUGGGACUGACGGGCAAGCCACCCCACCCUGGAUCACCAUGGCCCGGCAGAAGCGAAGAGGAGCCCCCGACCUGCCUGUCAACCAGGAAGAGAAGCCUGGGCCUCGGAUCCUGAAGACAGAAACUGGAAAGGAAGCCAAGCUGCCUGAAAGAGCCCAGGAGUCUGUGAAGCAGGGUGACUUCGUGCGAAGUAAAUCUUUCCUGAUGACCCCUGCCAAGCCUGCCAUGACCCAGAGGCAGGGGUCAAAGCUGAGUCUCAAGGAGGGACUGCAGAGAGGAAUUUCGCUGUCCCAUCAGAACCUGGCAGCUCAGGCAGCAGCGACAGCCGAGAAGGAACUGCACCAGCUGAAGAGAGCCAGCUACGCCAGUACAGACCAGCCGUCCUGGAUGGAACUGGCCAGAAAGAAAUCGCAAGCUUGGAGCGACAUGCCCCAGAUCAUAAAGUAGAUGGGCAGCCCGCUGACGAAGGACGUCUACCACAGUGACGGGCCACUUAGUUUUAAACUGCCAAUCAAUCACGGCAAGCAGACUGUGAAACUUAAGAUUGAUUUUUGUCAAGGGGCUAUGAUGUGCUCGGGGAAGAGAGAGGAGAAUCCGGCAGAAUGAAGAAGAGCAGCAGACAGCCUCAGUGCGAGGCUGCAGGAACAGCAAGAAGAAUGCUGUUAAAAAAAAAAAAAAAUCCAGGAGUGCAUUCCUGUGCUGAGAAAUCAGUGCCAGCCUUUAGGGUCCCCAUGGCAAAGAGGCCCCAGACAGGCAGCGAAUGGAAAUGAAGAGGGGCAUACAUGUUGAGGGCGCUUUAAGAAGAGAGCAGGACCUUCCCUUGGGUCCGAACUCUGGCCACUGUCUUGCCAUGGACUGUCAUCGUCAUCUUUCAUGUUUACUAACAGGCAUGACGUUUAAGGUACAGCAGGGAUAGCCUACGCAAGAACAGCUUUGAGCGAUCCAGUUUCUCAUCAUCCUGAGAGGGAUGUGACAAAGCUUGUCAAGUCAUAGACUCUUUCCAAAAAUAAUUUUUAAAUUUUUUCCACCAGGCCUCUGUGUCCUGGACCAUUGUACAGUGCAUCGCCUGUUUAAUAAAAGGUUUCAAACAUG